CAAAGAAGUAAACCAAAUGAUUUGAUGAAAUGAAUUCACACACCCUUUUCUGCACUUUGUGAUUCAUCAUCAGGUUCGUACUUGAAUUUCUGCCUUUUGGUGACAGCUGUGAAUUCCUGUUCAUCUACUGAAAUUAGAACAGUCAAGUAGUAUAUUUAGUUCUUAGACAAAUAACCAUGGUUAUUACCUAGUGUACGAACAGACACUUGGCUGCAUAGCUUUAUUAACAUUUAGUUAUAUGUACGGUUUACCACAUGUGACGUCAAGUGUUGUUAUCUACGGCAAUUCAAAUCCUCCUGAUUGGUUACAUUAAUCUAGAUUGGCAAUUAAAUCACCUGUCAAGUAAAACAUAAAUCCAAAUAACAAAUUAGUCUAAACACUUACAUUUGUUUACUCGAAGGUACUUAUCAUCAUCACUAGUUUGUUUUUAUCUUUACUACUCAUGUGGACGUGUUGUGUUUAUGAAUAAAACAAGUACAUUUUAGAAUUUGAAUCAAUAAAGCUUUUGUUUCAAUUUGUGGAAUAUAUUUUCAUAAACAUUUACAUCUUUACUGUUCAUUGUACCAAUCAUCUUAAUUGGCUGUUACAGUAACAAUGCGACAUUAUUCAAGUGGUAGAUUAAAAAAUGGUGAUUCGUCUUCAUCAUAUCCUCGAAGUAUGUACUCAUCAUCGUCGGAGACAACAAAUCCAUUUGCAGAUCCUACUAUCACAUUAAAUAAUAAUAGUAAUCUACAUCACCAUCAAUCUGAUAGUAGUAAUACACUAGUCACUUCAACAUUAUCUGAUACUUAUAAUUCAAAUAAAGUUAAAUCACUCGAUGAAAAAGUUGCUAUUCUAAAUGAUGAUAUGCUUCUUGAUGCUUCAAAUUCAACAACAGCAAAUGAUAAUUUGAGUAUUAGACGUCUACCAUUUUCACCUUCAUUGUCAAAUUUAAAGAAAGGUCAAAAUCACGAAUUUUCACCAUAUCACAAUGUGAAUCCAAUUCACAGUCCUUCUGUUGUAACGUCUACUAGUGUUGGACAUUAUGAGGAUUUUGAAACUAUUGAUUGGGUCAAGGACAUAGCACGUGAUCGAUGUCGUCAUCGGGAAUUACAUAUGAACCGAAAGACAUGUUGUGGUGGAAUAAAAGCCUGUUGGGAUUCAGCAUCUGGAUGGUUUUGUGUAUUGUGUGUUGGUUUGCUAACGGGUUUCAUUGCCUGUGUUAUCGACAUCGGAUCUACUUGGAUGUCUGAUUUAAAAGAAGGCGUUUGCUUGGACGCUUUUUGGUUCAACCGAGAACAAUGUUGUUGGUCAUCAAGUCAAGCAGAUGAUGUCUGUGAUGAGUGGUUUACAUGGUCUCGUUUAUUCAUAAGUAAAGAUCCAACUGGUGAAUAUCCAGAUGCUUAUUUUGUUGGUUAUUUAUUCUAUAUUAUCUAUGCUGUGUUAUUUGCAUUGGUCUGCGUAUUCCUUGUUCGAAUGUUUGCUCCAUACGCUUGUGGUAGUGGUAUCCCUGAAAUUAAAACUAUUCUUGGAGGAUUCAUUAUUCGUGGUUAUUUGGGGAAAUGGACUCUUUUAAUAAAAUCAGUCGGUAUGAUACUUGGAGUUGGUGCUGGUUUAAAUCUUGGUAAAGAAGGUCCUAUGGUUCAUAUGGCUGCAUGUGUUGGAAAUAUAUUUGCUUAUUUCUUUCCUAAAUAUGGUCAAAAUGAAGCUAAGAAACGUGAAAUUUUAUCAGCUUCAGCAGCUGCUGGCGUGGCUGUAGCAUUUGGUGCACCGAUCGGUGGUGUUCUCUUCUCCCUAGAAGAAGCUAGUUAUUACUUUCCAAUGAAAACAAUGUUUCGAUCAUUUUUCUGUGCAAUGGUCUCGGCUAAUGUCCUGCGUAUAUUGAAUCCUUAUGGAAGUGAUAAUAUGAUUAUGUUCUAUGUUGAUUAUCAAGCACAAUGGCAUGUUAUGGAAUUAUUUCCUUUUGCAUUACUUGGAUUACUUGGAGGCAUUUUUGGCACUAUUUUCAAUCGGGCAAAUCUAUAUAUUUGUCGUUUACGAAAAUCUACUUGGUUGGGUCAAUAUCCUGUUCGUGAAGUACUUGUUGUGUCUUUAAUUACUGCGGUCUUAUCAUUUCCACAUACUUACCUUCGUAUGAAUACAAGUGAACUGAUUAAACUUCUUGUUAGUCGAUGUUCACCAGGAUCUGAUUCUUCUUUGUGUGAUUAUCGUUACAAUACAAGUAAUCCUCUCGCUACAGUUUUACAAAAUUAUCCUGCUGGACCGACAUUAUCGACGGCUGUGGUAUUGUUGGCAAUUGCCUUGAUUCUAAAACUUAUCUUAACUGUCUUUACAUUUGGUAUCAAAGUGCCGACUGGAUUGUUCAUCCCAUCCUUAGCAGCUGGUGCUAUUAUGGGUCGAAUGUUGGGCAUAGCUACGGAACAAUUUGUUGUAGCGCAUGCAUCACAUCCACUUAUUGAAAAAAUGUGCAAAUCAUCACAACCGUGUAUUAAUCCAGGCCUGUAUGCUAUGGUUGGUGCAGCAGCGACACUUGGCGGUGUUACAAGAAUGACAAUAUCACUAGUUGUAGUGAUGCUAGAGUUAACUGGAGGAUUGAAUUAUAUUAUCCCGUUAAUGAUUGCAGCUAUGGUUAGUAAAUGGACUGGUGAUAGAUUGACAAAUGGCAGUAUUUAUGAAGAGCAUAUUCGAUUGAACGACUAUCCUUAUCUUGGAGCUUAUGAUGAAUUGGAUAGUAUGUUAGUUGCAGCUGAUGUAAUGCAACCGCGUAGAGAUUCUGGUUCUCCACUUUAUGUUGUCACACAAUAUGAUAUGACAGUUAGUGAUGUUGACCAAUUGAUAAGUGGAUGUGAUGUUAAAGGAUUUCCUGUUGUUGUUUCUCAAGAGUCACCUUAUCUAGUUGGUUGGGUAUCAAGAAGAGAAUUACGAUGGGCAAUGGAUCGUGAACGAAAAUAUGAUCCAAAUAUUGUAGAUGAUUCACCAGUAUACUUUGCAUCAGUUCAACAAGUAAAUGUAAAUGAUACUCAUGAAUUGACACCUGUUAAUUUACAAAAUAUUGUUGAUUUGUCUCCGACAACAGUGUCUGACCAAACACCGAUGGAAACAGUUCUAGAUUUCUUCAGAAAAUUAGGCCUUCGACAGAUUAUUGUUACACGUAAUGGAUGUCCUUUGGGUGUGUUAACUAAAAAAGACAUUCUUCGUCAUGUGCGACAUCACAAUCCAAACAAUCGUUGAUCAUGAAAAUAACAAAUUCUCACAUUAUUUCGCCUACUUGAUAUUUUCAGUCAUUAACUGUAUUAUUUUUUGUGUAGUUAUGCAUCUAUAAUUUGUGCGAUUAUUUUCAUUCUUCAGCUUCAUUUUAUCUUCCGGUCGCCUUCUACUAGGCUUUUUUUUUAAAAAAAAUCUCUCAAGUAUAUGUAAUUUCCUUCUCUUUCAUUAUUUGUUUCAAAUGUAUGAAUGCGUCAUAUUAUUUUUGUUUUUCUUCUUUCACAUUCAAUUCAUCAUAUUAUUUAUUUUGAAGAAAUAAUAAUACCUACUACUAAUGCCUUGUGAUAUAUUCUAGUUUAUCUAGUAUUGAAACAUAUUACGAUGAACUGAAAUUCAACUAUUGUGUAACGUACACAUAAAUCCAACUAUCUGUUUACAUUCUCUGUCGUGUUCGCUGCUGUGAUCCAUAGACACUGUACAGUGUUAAAAAAAAUUUAAAAAACGCGCAUACAAAGAUUUGUAAUUGAUAUAUUCACGAAUUAUUGACGAUAUCUUCACCUAUCGUCAGAUUCUGGAACAUAAGCAUAGUUACCGACGUCUAACAACU